AGCGUAGAGUUCCAUCCCUCAAUUUUGUUUUUGAUGUUGAUGUUUUUUUGUAUCCUAAUUUUGAUGUAAUAAAGACUCGCUGUAAUAAAGAGAGUUAUAUUUUCAUAGUUAAUGUUGAAGUAAUUCGUUAAAAUGUUAUAUGGACAACUGGUGAUAGGGCCUCCUGGUUCUGGUAAAACAACCUAUUGCCAUGCUAUGAGUGAGUUUUUGAAAGGAAUUGGAAGGAGAGUUGCAAUUGUAAAUCUAGAUCCUGGAAAUGAUGUUUUGCCCUAUGAAGCAAGUAUUGAUGUAUCUCAUUUGAUUACUGUUGAUAAUGUGAUGGAGCUUAGUAAACUAGGUCCUAAUGGUGGAUUGAUAUUUUGUAUGGAAUAUCUUGAAAAGAAAGUAGAUUGGCUCUUAGAAGAACUCAAGAAGUUCAGUGAUUGCUAUUUUCUUAUUGAUUGCCCUGGUCAGGUGGAGCUGUACACUCAUCAUGAUUCUGUACAAAAUAUUGUAUCUGCAUUAACAAAAUCUGGUUUCCAACUCUGUUCUGUGCAUUUAGUUGAUUCUCAUUAUUGCUGCGAUCCUUCCAAAUUUGUUGCAAUUUUGUUGACAUCUCUUGCUACAAUGUUGAAAAUGGGAACUCCUCAUAUUAAUGUCUUGUCUAAAGCUGAUCUAAUUGAGAAGCAUGGAAAGUUACAUUUUGAUCUUAGUUAUUAUACAGAUGUGUUGGACCUUCAGGAAAUAGUUAGUUUAUUAUCGGAUGAUCCAUUUUUGGCAAGGUAUAAAAAAUUGAAUGAAGCUUUAAUGGGACUUGUAGAAGAUUACAGUCUAGUUUCCUUUUAUGUUCUUAGUAUAAAACUCAAGGAAUGCAUGUCCAAAGUGCUUCAAGGCGCAGAUAAGGCAAAUGGCUACCUAUUUGGUAUUAACGAAGAAGAUAGAAAUAUUCAGAACAUGUUGUCAUGUGCCAUGAGUGCAGAAUUUGAGGACGCCAAAGUAGCAGACAUCAGGGAACGAUACAUUUCAAUGGAUUCACAUGUGGAUGGUUUUGUGUCUAAAGGAAGAUAGUGAGCUCUUUUAAAUAUUAUGUAAUGUAUUCAAUUACUUUGUAAAUAUAUUGUUUAGGUAUCAAUUUGAAUAAAUGUUUAUUUAUAACUCGUA